UUCGUUUAAUGUUGAUGUGACUGAUUCUUCCGUUUUCCUUCUUUUGUUUAUUGUUUUGUUUCUGCGUGCGAAUUCCAAACAAACAAAUCAAGAAAGUAUUCACCGAUCGGUGACCUCUCAGCCAGAGCUUCCCUUCCCCGACCCAGUGUUUCUACGAAUGCCUAACACUGUCUCCACCUCUGCGGGCCGUGUCCUUCGGUCGGCCCGUUUGCUUGCGGCGCAACCAAUGUCUAAAGCAUUUUCUGCUUACCCACCGAAUGACUUGAAGGUUCAACACAAUGCGGACAAGAAUGAGUUCUCUAUCUGCAUGGGCGAAGAGUGUGCUGUAAUUCAAUACUCAAAGUCAAAUAAUACUCUAGACCUGCUUCAUACUGAGGUACCUGUGGUUUUCCGAGGACAAGGUGUUGCAGCGCUUCUUGCCAAGGAAGCUUUUGAGUAUGUCCGUCAAAAUAAUUUGAAAAUGAAGUUGUCUUGUGAUUAUCUUCAAAAGUACUUCCGUGAAAAUGAGACACCUGAGCUGAAAAAAAUCUUGGCUUGAGUUUUCAUGCAUGCAUGCAUGUAAUGAUCUUUGGAUCAUUAUUGCUGUAAAUAAAACAAAACUGAUGUAA